CACGAAUAGUGGCGAUUAUAUAACAUACGGAAGCAGAAACGUGAGAAUGACCGUCCAAAGGACGCAGCCGAUCAUCAAUCAUAACAUCGGCACGGCUGUUGGGACGGUACGAUUACAGGAGGUUCGAAUAUCAGCAGGUAUGAUCGAGGUGACACAACGUAUACUGUUGUAGACAUACGCACACGCGACUUUCCUACGAUUAGAAUCAAGCGUGAUGCGUGGCACAUCGAUGAAUAUCGUCGAUUUAUGUGGUUAUGUCCGACAAGUGACUAGAAUACUUUGUCUAAACAGUCCUCCGUAGGUGAAACGCAUUUGAAGCAAUUUCAGGUUAUCCCGUUGGAUUUAAGUACUAACUAACCUAUUUCUAUCAAAACAAAUUCGGAUUAUUCUUACAAGGUAUCACCGCUUUCCCCACUUGCGACAGCUGGUUGUACGUAUCAUUAGGCAGCGACGCUGCGUGAAGCGUUCCGAACAGCAUGAUUGAACCGCAACCAUACACAGUCCCUUCAUCCCCUCGUUACGAAGCGUACGCAAAGACGAACAGUGAUAGUCGGACGUGGCGUACGUACACUUAUCGUGCUUCGAGGUUGAAACGAAGCCGGCACAAUUCGACACUUAUAUACACAUAGUAGUAUAGCAAGGGUAUAAAUAGCGAGUACCACACGCAAGGACAUGUACACUCCAUGAGAAGAACAGAGUUAACCGAAGAAAGUGUGCCACAUCUUCAUUGUAGAGUGCGUGCAAACCGGUAUACUCGGUUUUGAUGAAGUAACAACAGCAAAAACAAUACGUGGGUUAAUAGUCGCAUAGUAACGUCGAAAGCUCGAACACGUUUGCUGAUACACUAAUUCGAAUUUCCCGCUGUGCAAAACGCCAAUCGUUGAGCACCGCGGUCAUAACUGCAUACCCGCCAAUCGUUCGUGAUGCUGCACACGAGGACCCUCGCCGUCGCUGCAGCAUCGCCUCUCUUCGUCGAAAGUGUCUUGUCAUCUCGGUUGUUUCGUGUGUCUAGCAGCCAUGUUGUGGCCACGCGUUCUAUUGGUGACCGUGCCCUUAACCGUGGCCAAAUAUCGCGCGAGGUUAUGCUACAGAAUUACCAGAAGAUACGCGAAAAAUACAAAUCCAAGAAACUUCCGCAAGACGUAAGCAUAAAAGGAGUGUUUGCCUGCAACGAGUUGGACUUGAAAGAAGUGCAAGUAUAUGGAUUCGACUAUGAUUACACGUUAGCUUGUUACAAGCCAUCGAUGGAUUACCUGCUGUAUAACCUCGGACGUGAUAUGCUCAUUCAAAAAUACAAGUACCCCGGGGGAAUCGGCAACCUCGAGUACAAGAAGGAUUUCGCUGUUCGUGGCCUCCAUUACGACAUCGAAAAGGGUCUGUUGCUGAAACUCGACAGCUUCUUGCAAAUUCAAUUUGGCACCGUUUACCGCGGUUUACAUCCAGUCCCCGACGACGAGGUUCUUAGGCUCUAUAAAAACCGGAUAAUACCUAUCGCUUAUGUAGAAGCGCCUCAUAAACAUUCUCAUAAAGAAGCACUGCACAGAACGAAAAUGGUUCAGUUGGCUGAUUUAUUUUCGGUACCAGAAAUGGGUCUUUUGUGUAACGUCACGGAAUACUUUCUUAGAAAUCAUAUCGACUAUCAUCCUGAAAUACUCUUUAGAGAUGUAAAGAACUCUGUAAAAAAUUGUCAUCCUGUAAUGCAUCAAAUGGUAGUACAAAAUGUGUCUGAAUAUUUAGAACAAAAUAAGGAUUUAAAAAGAUUUUUUAAUCGACUUAAGGAAGCUAAUAAAAAUAUGUUUCUAGUAACUAAUAGUCCUUUCCAUUUUGUUGAUAUUGGAAUGAAAUUUUUGGUUGGUGAUGAUUGGAAAGAUUAUUUCGAUGUAGUAAUUGUGCAAGCGAGAAAGCCAAAAUUUUUCACUGAAGAAACUCGACCUCUUAGAAUAUAUGACGAAGUUAACAAAACACAACUAUGGGAUCGAGUUACCAAACUUGAAAAAGGAGUCAUAUAUCUUGAAGGCACAGUCAAACAAUUGCAAGAUAUGACUGGAUGGCAAGGACAUCAAGUAUUAUAUUUUGGAGAUCAUCCUUAUAGCGAUUUAGCGGAUGUAACCUUAGAGCACGGUUGGCGAACUGGAGCUAUAAUAAAGGAAUUAACGCAUGAAAUUGCAACAUUAAAUAACCCAAAAUUCAAAGAAAAUGCAAAUUGGUUACAAAUGCUAACAGGAUUGAUUGAAGAACAUCAAGAUUUUGAAGGACCAGAUGUGCAUACAAUACUCGAUGAAUGGAUUAAGGAAAGAGAUGGAUUAAGAAAUGAGAUAAAACGAGUAUUUAAUAAACAAUUUGGCUCUGUGUUUAGAACAUAUCAUAACCCUACAUAUUUUUCGAGAAGACUUUUUAGAUUUGCUGAUAUUUAUAUGAGCUCAAUCACAAAUCUAUUAGAAUACUCAACGAGUCACACUUUUUAUCCAAGAAGAGGUGUAAUGCCACAUGAAUAUACAAGUUAUUUUGUGUAA